UGAUCCUCGACCUGUCCGACUCUUCGUCCUGUAGGAGUGUCACUGCGUCCUUGAUGACUUUGAGAACUUCUUGUCAUCUCUGCAUCUUUCCCCGUUCUGGCUUCACCUUUUCCUCGUACUAGCUGCGUUUGCAGCCACCGAGGCUCAUCCUCCCUCUCCAUCUGACUCUGACCGUUCGCUUCGCACCCAUUUUGAAGACACUUUCAACGAGUCGACCAACGUUGACGUGGCCUAAGCUCUGGUCGUAAUACGGUUGCACGCUUUUCGAACGAGUCUUAGCCCGUCAUACCCUCCCACCCAAUCUGAUCAGCAAUCCAACUCCUCGAUCCUGUCAGACCUCAAUUCAUUGGUCACCCCUCGACCAGUCCAAGACGUGCUCUGUGGUCGAAUUCAAGAUUCGCUCGGUCAUACCGCAUUCUCUUUACCCCAAGCAGGAUGGAUGCGACAGCUCAACGCCCCCAGCCGGCGCCUCAACAACAGGCGUCGCUCAUCCGUCCCGAACAGGUACAAAAGUUGCCCCAGCUCAAUCCCGGACAGAAGCAGCAGUAUGAAGCUGCCGUGAAAAGAUUUUGGGAAGUCAUCAAUUCGACUCCUCAGGGAGACCCCAAGUACAACGAAGCGUAUGCAUCAUUGGUCAAAACCAGCACUCUGCUCAUGAACGGUAUGAAGCAGUGGUCACAGGCGCGACAGAGAAUGCAGAGCCAGCAACAACAACAACAGCAGCAGCAGCAGCAAGCAGCACAGCAGCAACAGCAGCAGCAACAACAACAGCAACAACAACAGCAGCAGCAACAGCAACAACAGGCUCAACAGCAACAACAAGCAGCACAACAACAUAGCCAGCAGCAAGCCCAACAGCAUGCUCACAGCCAAGGGCAGGUGCAGGCAGCGGCUCAAGCCCAAAAGGCACCGGGCGCUCCUGCCCAACAAGGCUCUGGGAGUGGUGUUCAAUUUUCUCAACUGUCUCCUGAAAUUCAGCGCAAGGUGAACGAACACCACUUUUAUUACCCCCCAGCGAUGACCAAAGGGUCGGAGCCUGCUGAGAUAUGGUUGCGGGAGGCAAAAACCAGACUCGGACAGGCUAUGCAAAGGCUCCAGGUAGCCAAGCAGAAAAAGGCCGACUUUAACCGACAAGCUGCACAACGCAACAGCUCGGGGAACCCGUUGAAUCCGCAAGAGACCGAAGUCUUCAAUAGCAAAAUUGCCCAGUGCGAUCGAGCCAUCAACGAGAGUACUUCGUUUAUGAAGAAAUUCAACGAACAGCAGGAUCAGUUUCGUUCAGCCCAGCCACAACACCAGUUCAGUAAGCCGGCAGCUGCAGCAGCUGACGGCGCAGAACAGGUCAAUUCGGCACAACUGCAAGCGGGUGGUCAAGGACCUCAAGCAUUCACGAUUCAAACGGCAGUUAAUGCCGCGCGUAGUCAGGCAACUGGUGCUGCACAGCCAGGCAGUCCAUCUGCCGCACCCGCACAAUUGAGCCAAGCCGCAUCUUCAACUGGAGCCCAACAAACUCCGGCUUCUGCAUCACAACCAUCAUUUCCUCCUUCAGGUCAACCCGGAGACAUCGCUGCCGCGCAACGCCCCGUCUCGGCCGGCCAAAGCAUGCAGCCGCAAGGUUUGCAACAAAGCGCCCAAGCAAACGCCCAUCAAAACCCGCUCAACAAUAGUAUCAACGCCGCAAAGACCGCUACACCUGCCAUCACCAAGAAUCUUCAAGUCACGGAACCGAAAGCUGUCCAAAUGCCUCCCUCGCGACCGACUCUGACGGGUGGUGCUGGUGUUGGCCUCCCCGGCCAGCUUGCACAACCUGCCAUCUCAGCACUUCCUGGCUAUGUCCUCGAGUCCAGCGAAGACGGUCGGGUGUUGUCGAAGAAGAAACUUAACGAGCUCGUUCGAGAGAUUUGCGGACCAGGACCUGACGAGCAGCUGGAUCCCGAAGCAGAAGAAGUUUUUCUCGGCGUGGCAGACGAUUUCGUAGACGAGCUUGUGUCUUCGGCUUGCAAGUUGGCCAAACUCCGCGGAUCGACCAGUCUGGAGGUUCGGGAUCUUCAGAUCGUCUUGGAGCGACAGUACAAUAUCCGAGUACCCGGUGUCUCGACCGAUGAGAUUCGAACUGUCAGACGACCUCAACCAGCCCCAGGUUGGGCACACAAGAUGAGCGCGAUCCAGGCAGCCAAGCUGACUGGAGGAGGCUCUGCUGCAGCUGCUAUCAAUGCAGGCGGUAAAGAUGCAUAACAGACGGCAGAAAGUGGCUUUGUGUCGACACGACUGGCUUAUGAUUACGGAGUGAACAUGAUAGAGCACGAUUCAACAGAAGGAUACCAAGGCGCAGGGAUGAUUACUUUUGAUCGGCACACUGGGAGGCAUCAUACUAGGAACUGAGUCUGAGACCAACAUACUGAGAGACAUGGAGUUAUUGGGGGCGGUGGAACGCAUUGUGUAUGGAUGGGCAAGAACAGGGGAUCUAUCGCGCGUGUCGGGUCAAUGUAUUCAUUGUUGGGUUGAUGCAGUGGUUCUGGCGCAGCAUUGCUGUGCUGGUAGAGCACUGGGCGGAGGAGUGAUCAAUUGUAUGCAAUUGUAUGCGAGGUAUCCAACAUUCAAGGGUCGGCAGGACGGCCAGGUGCAGAGAGACAGAUUUACUGUUGAAGUCCCACUUCAUAUGCAAGGUUCUUUUGCCG